AUGACCGCCGACGCUGAAUCGCGACGCGCAAAGAAGCGCCAAACUGACAGGAAUGCGCAAAGACAACAUCGGAAGCGGCAGAAGCAAUACAUCGAAGGAUUGGAGGCUCAGAUAUCACUUCUCAAAUCAGCUGACAAGACUGAGGCAUCUCAACUUGCUGCCCAGAACCUGCAGUUACAAGAUGAGCUCCAACAAAUGCGCGGUCUCUGGGACGAGAUGGAGAACAUACUGCAACGUCAACGCGACCUAAGACUAAACUCGAUACUCAAUGUUCAAUUGAUCCCAUCCGAUGGUAGUCCAACGCCUAGCUACGGUAGCAAUAACGAACGGGAUGCUUCCGCACAGUCAUUUGCAGCGAGGUCUUCAAACUUCAACGACACCGCUCAAGGGCGUCCUACUGCAGAGCCAGCAGCCGUGACAAUGGAUGAUCAUUUGGAAGCGACAGGACUAUCGGAUCUGGACGGUCUCAUGCUUCAUGAUGCUUCAUCAAGACACGAUCUACCUGACGACCUGAUUCAUUGUACGACAUUGGACAUACACGAUGGCUCCCAACUACUAAACACAGAGGGUGAUUCCAUGGAUGCGAUUCUCGGUGACGGCUUUCAUCUGGCCAACAUGGAUCAUUCUGAUGACAGCGACAGAGCCACCACCGAACUUACUCACUCGCAAUCCCUCACACUCCGGAACAAAGACCUGGAUCACUUCUCCACGAUCGACUCAACACAAAUGGAGACACCUCGAGUGUAUCACGGUGAUGAAUCUGAAACCGCCAUGACCAUGAGAUGGAUAAGCAGCCCGAGCCAUCUACUCCGAGAAAAUGACGGCAUGGAUCAUUUCCCAGAAGCUGAAGACAGUUCAUCCUCCCAGCAUGGAAAGCAGCAUGCCCCAGAUCCUCUCGACGGCUUCACGGAGUUAUUCGAUGCUUGCAUGAAGCAUAACCUCCCCGCCUUCCGCCCAAACAUGUCCAUGCUGAUGUUUUCAUCCCUCGCCAAAGACGUGUUCCUGCAUGAUAUGAUACAGCGUGCCAGCCAGAACCCAGAGUCUAUUGGACCACCGGUACUGAUCGACUUUCUGGUUGAUAAUAAACAGAAUUCACUGUCGACUGAUCUAAAGGCUUAUUUAGAGCCCGUACGAAAAGCACGUCGGACUUCAGAAUAUCUCGCUACUUAUUGGGUUUUGUAUCUCUUACUGAGGUGGCAGAUUCUUCGUAGUGAAGAUGCCUACCAUAGCUUGCCGCCCUGGCUUCGUCCUACGCCCUUGCAGCUUGUCGUGCAUCACCCCAUGGCAGCUGAUCUUAUAGCAUGGCCUGCAAUAAGAGAAGGUCUCGUUCAGAUGUCAAUGUCAGAUCCGGAACGUGUGUAUGAUGUUUCUGCUGACGUGGGGAAAUAUCUCACCGUGGAAAUCUCGACGUCUGAAUCUGAUCUCGUUCAUGACCCGCAGCAACUCGUUUCUAAGAUACUGGAUUUGAACAAUUGGAAGUUGGAUAAGGAGUUCUUUAAUCGAUAUCCACAGUGGAAGAGCAAUACUACCUAA